AUGGCACGACCACCGCCCCUGCUGCUCCUCCUCGACUGGGACGGCACCCUCACCACCGCCUCCACCCUCCCCCUCCUCGCCUCCGUCGCCACCCCGCGCGCCCCUCACCCCGCCCUGCCCGCGCUGUCCCGCGCCUACGCCCGGCACCUGGCCGCGCACGACGGCGCCUACCGCCCCGCGCGGCCGGAGCGGACGACCGUCGCGCAGGAGCUGGCCUACCUGGACGCGCUGCGGCCCGUCGAGGGGGCCAGCGUCGGCCGGGUCGAGGCCGCGGGCCUCUUCGGCGGGGUCCGGACGGGGGACGUGGACGCGGCGGCGGCGGACGCGGUCGCGGGGCGCGCGGUGGGGGUGCGGGCGGGGGCGGCGGGGUUGCUCGGGCGGGUGCAGCGGGGUGGGGGGAGGGUGGUCGUCGUGUCGGUCGCGUGGUCCCGGCGUUUCAUCCACUGUGUGCUUUCCGGAUGCGUGCGCCGCGAGGCGGGGGGGGAGGUGGUGGUGAUGGGGGAUGUGGAGGUCAGGGCCAAUGAGAUCUUGGCCGACGGGUCGGGACGCUUGGAUCGGGUCUUUGGCGGUGCCGACGGGGGGAUCUGGACGGCGGGGGACAAGGGGCGGGUGAUGGAGGGCGAGAUCGCGGCCGCGGUUGGUGGGGACUCGUCCGUGCCGAGGACGGUCUACGUUGGGGAUUCGCCGACCGAUCUCGCCUGUUUGCUCAAGGCGGACGUGGGCAUCUGCAUCCGUGACGAGGUCAUGGGCGAGGAGCAGAGGGGGUUGCGGGAGACGUUGGAGAGGGUCGGGGUGGAGUGUUUGCACGUCGGCGCGUUCGUGGAUGACCGAGCGGAGGACGGCGGUGGGAGGCUGUGGUGGGCUAGGGAUUUCGAGGAGGUGUGUCGGAGUGGAGUGAUGGGCACGCUGACGGAAGAAAAUGGCGGUCUUGUGCGCUGA